CACCACCACCAUGCCGAGCCCACCACGCUCUCCACGCGAGAGCGGUGAGGUGCGCGAGCCCAGAGGGGGGUACUACAACGACAGUCGGCCGUCGGGGCUACCGCCGCGCCCGCGCUCGCCGCCGCGGCGCUCCGCGUCGCCCCCGUACCAGCAGCGCCCGGCAUACAGCGGCAGCGGCAACUCGUACCGCAGCGAGCGCGAGCGCGACCGCUCCCCCGGGCGCACGGGCAGGCCGUCCGACCCUAGGCGACGACGCGAGGACCCGUCCGAGGCCGGGCCCUCGCGCAAUGCUGGUUGGGACUCCACGCGCGCAACGACCAACAAGUGGCCCAAGCCGAGAGCCAACUCGCCGGGAUACUACUCGCCUCCUUCGAAGCGACGCGAUUCGCGCGAUCCAUCACCACUGCCGAACCCAGUCAGCAUGGACGACUUCACGACGCAAAUAUACAACCUCCUCACGGCGCGCACGAGACAAGCGCAGGUGCAGCGGCAUCUCGACCGCCUGAAGGCGUUCAAUACGGACGGCGUGGCGCUCCGCGAUGCCCAGAGACAGGCGGCCGACUUGAACAACGAGGUUCGGAUAGCGUCCGAGGCUGUGGGCGCUGGGUUCAACGACCUGCUCCGCCGCGCACUGUCCAGGCCAGGCGUGCGAGACGGGGACACGGCGGCGCUCGAGAUUGAAGGGCUGCGACAGCGCAUACUCCAGCUCGAGCAGUCGGGUCCCCCGCCAUUACGCAUCGCCGCGCCGCCGUCAUCCACGCCCCCACCGCCAUCUCAGGAGCCACCACCCCCACCACCCGAUGAGCCGACACCCACACCGCCGCUGGACAAGGGCAAGGGCAAGGCUGUGGAGGUGCCGACCGACGCAGAACCCAGCGCCUCGUCAUCAUCUGUUGCGCCAGCAGUAGGAGCGGCGACGAAGGACAAGAGCGUAGAGGGCAAGAGAGACCGCGUGCGCCAAAUGCUCCUCGACCUCGUCACGCAAGUCAGCACCGUGCAGGGCCGCGUCGACAACCUGGACGAGAAGUUCGACGAACUCGAGAACGAGAUCAACGUCCGCGACUAUGACUCUACCCACCGCGUCCGCUCCUGGGAGCAGUACCAGCGCCGGAACGACCCCAACGGACGGCUAACUGGGCAGCCGCGGCUUGUCGUGGACAAGAAGGACGACGAGAUGCCGACAGCACGAGAGCCCUCGGUAGCCGCAGCAGUGGUUGCCGAGGCGGAGGCCGCCGCUGAGGCAUCAGCGGCCGGCCCGUCGACAGCUGCAGUCGAACCAGCACAAGACGACUGGAUGCCGCCGAUGCUGGCUCCAACACCAACCCCCGCCCCGGUCGACCAGUCUGAGAACGUCCUCCGACUCGCCACCGAGAUGGUGCGCAUGCAGAAGGAGAUCCAACAGCUCCGCGACAGCCAGGCAGCGUCGGCGAAGCGACAAGCCGAGGCCGCUGCGGGCGCGUACACGACUGCGGCGGCGUCCAUCCUCCGCAGAGAGGUCGAGACGAAGUUUGAGACGCUCAAGGCCGAGGUGUUAACGGCUGUGGAGGCCAGGGUCGAUGCCCUGGUCCCUAUUAUGGUCAACAAGACGUUCAGCGAGAUCCGGCCAAACAUCCGUGACGACGUGUACAGAGAUGUCGUUACGCACAUCAAGGACCACAUGAGAAACAAUUCGGCGCAGCCACAAGGGCAGCAAGCGCAGCAAGCGCAACCCCAGCAGCAGCAGCUGCGGCAGCCGCCGCCGCACUCCUCGCCACAAGUGCAGCAGCAGCUCUUGAUGCAACCUCAGCAGGCGAUCCCACUGCAGCAACAUCAGCAGAUUCUGCAGUUACAGCAGUACCAGCAGCAGGCGCUGCCACAUCUCACGACGCUGCCCGCUCCGCCACCGGUUCCAUUCACCGUGGCCGAGCUGGAGAACUACAAGGCGAGACUCGCACAGCAGGUGGCCGCACAGCAGGCGGUCCAGGCGCAGAACGGCCAAAAUCAGUACACCACUGGGUUCCAGUAG